CGAGUCCCAGCAUUAUUCCCCCUCCGAGGCUCAAAACCCCCUCUACGCUAUAUGUUUAUGGGAGAGCGUUUUGUCUUGCGCCGAACUUCCUUUUUUUGCAGGCGGUUUAUCUCCUUACAAGUUGAUGAAGAUGCGUUAAGCUCAGCUUUCUACCUCCGCCGAGGCCGCUGUUCCACUGCCGCAGCCAAAACUGAGGCGGUGAAAGAAGCCGAUAGUGCAAAGAAGAAAGACAAGCGAUUCACUCUGCCCCCAUACACUUCUUCUAUAGAUGGCACUGCUCUUGGGAGAGAGCUCGCAGGCAGGCAUCAAGAUGCUAAGGAAAAACCUUCCACCGCCAUGACGGCACUAAAAUGGGUUCUGCAUUGCUGCCCUGAGUUGCCAAGGUCUCUUGUACAGAAGCUGUUUCGAUUAAGACAGGAAAUACGGAGAGUAAAAAAUUAUUACUAUGCCAAAAGUAGACUUUAUGAAUCAUCAGUUGUACUUAUUGGGGCAGGUCCGAAGGGUAUCCUCUACUGAUCAACAACCUCAACACAAAAGGGUCAACGCCAAGGAGUCAAUGUACAUUGGAGAUCAAAUAGUUCUUCCUAUAACAGUUGAAAAGUUUCCUGCUGAAAAACAUGUUGAGAGCCUAUGUAGUGAAGAACACUCAAAAUUUCUUCAAAGUAUCGAAUUGUACAAGGAUCCAUCUAUUCUUGUUGUCAAUAAACCCCCUGGGAUGCCUGUUCAGGGUGGUGUAGGCAUAAAAAGAAGUUUAGAUGAACUGGCUGCAAGAUACAUGCGAUAUGGCUAUCCAGAGCCCCCUCGUUUGCUCUUAUAUAGGUGCACAGACUAGAUAGAGAUUGUAGUGGGAUAUUGGUGAUGGGAAGAACACAAUUGAGCACAACAGUUUUGCAUGCCAUCUUCCGAGAGAAAACAUUUGAAGCAUCUAAUGCUGAUGCUGAAACUACAAAAAGAAACUUACAAAAGAAGUAUUGGGCACUUGUAAUUGGUUGUCCUAGACGUGCUGGAGGAGUAAUUUCAGUGCCACUGGGAAAGGUGAUGUUGGAUAAUGGGAAGUCUGACCGUAUUACAAUCAUGGAUGAUGACCAUGCACAAUCAGCACAUUCUGCUGUCACGGAGUAUCGGGUCAUUGAAAGUUCUGAAAAGGGCUAUACAUGGUUAGAGCUAUCUCCCCUUACUGGCAGAAAGCACCAGCUGCGUGUUCACUGUGCUGAGGUACUGGGAACGCCUAUACUUGGGGAUUAUAGAUAUGGGUGGCAAGCUCAUAGAAAGUUGAAGCACCAUCUACCUUAUGGUUUUCCGAGCCAAAGACUUCCUGAUCAGAAGUGGGAUUCUUUAGGCUUCAGUUUGAUGAAUGGAGGCAGUAUAUGUGACAAGCAGCCUCAUCUUCAUCUGCACUGCAAGGAGAUGGUUUUACCCAACAUAUCUCUGGCUUUGCAACAUGCUCAACAAGCUUCAGAUUGUGGUCUGGCAGAUGUCGAGACCAUAAGGCUCUUUGCUCCUUUUCCUUCCCACAUGCAACACAGUUGGGAUCAUUUGAAUUCUUAAUCUCUGUUAUUUUUUCUAAACAUACUACAGAUCAGAUUAGUUUAAUGGAUGUGAUUUUAUUAAGGGAGAUUUCCCAAAAUAGGAGUAAAUGAGGUUUGGAAUUCCAAAAUAGGACUCCUAUAUUUACUGUCCCUGUUUUUUGCUAUUUGCUUCCUUCUUCUCUUUGCCUGAAUUCUACUUUCUGCAGGUGUAUAUCGGUCUGGGGUCCUUGCAUUGCGCUUUGGUCUCUUGACUUGUGCACAUAUGGUUUUCACCUGUAAUUUAGUAAUACUCUUUAGUAAUUUGUUACAAUUUAUUUUUUCCAAAUAUUUGGCAUUGUUCCCAAAUACUUGUAAUUAAUUCCAAAAUACACUUACAUCCUUUUCUGCUUCUUCACCCUUGCUUCUGCUUUCG